GUCAUCUUACAUCAGAUUUCCGGUAGAGCGUCCCAGCAUCUGUUGAGAUGGUGUCUAUUAGCAUUACCGUUUGGUAAUUUAUAAAAGUUUUAUUUUUCCACGCUUCAGCAGUAUUCUAAGGUCACCCCAUACCUCAUUAUCUCAAAUGGGCGAGUACGGUUGCAAUGUUUGCAACGAGGAGUACUCUGCCGUGGAAGAACGACGAACUCCGAGAGUACUAACAGGAUGUGGACAUACUAUCUGUCAAGGAUGUGCACAGUCCAUUUGCCGGCCAGGAGUAUCUUAUAUUAUCUGUCCUUACGAUAGGGUCACUACACCUGUUUCUGGAGGAGAAGUCCGGAACUUGAAAAAGAAUUUUGCCUUGCUUGAGUUAAUUGAGAAAAUUCAACAAUCUCGUCAAGGCGGGCAAACGGUUGAUCGUUACGCAAGAGAUCGCUUGCUCGGGAUUGAGUGCGACGAAGAUCCUUGUCAUACUGCUGUGUUAUUCUGUACCGUUUGCGAAAGCCAUCUUUGUGAAAAGUGUGCGGAUACGUCGCAUGACACUAAUGUUCUUUCGAAGCAUCGUCGCAUUCCUCUUAGCGAAAAACCUGCGUCCACAGCUAAUUGUCGCAUACAUAAUUCAUAUCCUAUCGAGUUCGUUUGUAAAGAAUCAGGUUGCAGCGAUAAAAAUGGUUUAAUGUGCAUUUUUUGUAGAGACUACGGCUUACACAAGGGUCACGCUCAUGUGCUUAUUGAGAGGGAGACUGAUGAGUUAAGGGAGAAGCUGCAAGAAUCUAUCUCUGAAGUGGCGAAAACUUUAUCAAGAAUAGAUAUACUGAAGAGACGCAUGCAGAAGGCCGUAAGUGAACUGUCCAGCAUGGAGAGGGGAUCAUUCAGUGAUGCUUUAUCACAGGUGCACUCACAUUUCAACAGGCUCAGGGAGGCACUAUGUCGUGAUGAAGAAGCGGCAGUAAAUAAGUUGACUACACACGUUACUUCAAGAGUGACUUCUUUGAAUGCCUACAUAGAAAAUUUGAAUGCAGUUUCGAACAAGCUAAAUUCAACUUCCGCUGAAUUACAACGCAGCCUAGUUUUGGAUCGGUCUAAGCUUGUGGAACGUAAAGGGGACUUGUUAGCAUUAGCCGAAGCUGCAAAUGCGGAAGAAGUGCGUUCUCCAGAUGAAUCGCUCUUAUCGACCUUGAUACCGUACUCCAUUUCGCGUUCAAACCAACUUCAUCUGGGCCAAUACGAAGAUGCACGAAUCGUUAUGCUGGGGCUCGAUGGUGCGGGAAAAACUACUCUACUUCGUUCGUUAAGACGAGCUCCAUUUGUACCCGAUAUAUCUCCAACAAACGGGUUUACGGUGGACUCAAUUCAUUAUAAAAACUUCCGCCUCCAUUUCUGGGAUGUUAGCGGUCUCAAUCGAUCACGAGGUGUAUGGAGGAAUUACCACGCUAAUGCACAAGCUAUAGUAUUUGUUGUCGACAGCAGUGCUCCUGAAAGAUUUCCUGAAGUAAUUCGUGCUGUAGAGGAAGUCCUAGAGGAUUCUCAUGCAGACUCCUGCCAAUUCAUGCUUGUGGUAAACAGGAAAGCAACCGAGCACACCCCUGCUUGCCCGUCGGUUGCCUCACUGCUUGGUUCCCUUUCUCGUUUUGGCCAACCGGUCAAGGUUCAUUACUGUGAUGCUGCUAGCGGAAAUGGAGUACCUGAGUUGCUCGAUUAUCUAGUCGAUUCAUUGAUUCCAGGAAGAGAUGGUCUUUGAUAAUCCACUGACCUAAAGAUAAUAUCAAUAUUAUUAGUUUAUGCAAUUCACUCUUUGUUAAAAGUUCUAAUAUCUUUUAAGCUUGCGUGGCAAAAAUCCGAGUUCAAAGAAGAUUGUUUUUAAUAAUUGAGUCGGACCUUUUGAUGUACUGCUUUAUCUUAAACUCGUGAGCUAUGGUGAUUUUGAUGGCAAAUUAAUUUGGUUCGAACAUCUGAAAAUGCAGCGGGUUACAGUGCUGUUUUCAAUGGAAAUCUCUUACGGAUAAAACUGGGGAACGUGUGGUAGUAACAGAUGGGUAAGAUUGAGAUGUAGAAAUUGCAUUGUUGUAGUGAUUCAUAAGUAUAUAACGUUGGAAGGAGACAAUCGUAUGAUGUGGCAGUGGGUUUACUGGAGUAAAGCGCUUGCAUUUCUGUUGUUUUCGAGCUUUUAUGCAAGUUGAAUGAUGAAUCGGUCUGAG